GUUUAGAAAAUCUUAUUUGGUGUUUGUAAUUGAUCAAUAAUUUAUUAACAUUGUUUGCAACCUAAUAUUAAAAUGGCCUCUAAUGAAGAUAGCCUGCCUGGAUUUCCUAAAAAAUCAAAUAAACAAAUUAUAAAAACAAUGGAAAAUAUUGUUGUUAAUUAUGUCCCGAUGAUAGGUGCAGCUGGUUAUUUUGCAUUUUUAUCAAACGUUAUGAAUCCGAACUUAUUGAAUCAUGUCUCACCCGAGUACAAAUUAGCCCUAGCCAAUUCGUUAUUAUUUACUUCAAAUAUGGGAAUAGGUUUAUAUCUCUACAACAGUAAACAUUUAGCCCUUUGUCAAAAACCUGCAGAGAGAAUUGCUUAUACAUUGUUGGGAACAGUCAUGUUCAAUUUCGGCUCAAUUUUAUUAUGUGCUACAUCUAGAGUAGUAAUGCCUGAAGAACCAUAUACCCGUUUUAUUGCUGGAGCUAUUCUUGGAGCAGGAUUUUUAUAUUUUGGUCGCAAAUAUGUUUUAUAUCUUGAUAAUAGCAAAGAUUUUUAAAUGACAUUGCUGUAGCCUAGUUACAUUAAUAAUUUAAUUUAUAUUGAUAAAAAUAUGAUAGAUACAUUUUUGUCUGUUUUGACAUUUGAUUUGAAAUUGGAAAUAGAAAUUACAUUAAUUUUAUAUA